UCGCAUCAUCAUUAGAAGUUCUCUUUCUAAUUAAGAGUUCCAGCCUACAGCUAACUAGCUGCAUUCUCCCCGAGAACAUGAAGCAAAAGAUAGUUGUGAAGGUGCACAUAAGCUGUGAAAAAUGCAGGACCAAAGCCAUGAAGGUUGCCGCAGUCGAAUCAGGAGUGAUCUCGGUUCAGAUCAGCGGAGAAGGCAAAGAUCAAGUGGUGGUUGUUGGUGAUGAAAUUGACUCUGUUAGCUUGACCAGAUCUCUAAGGAAGAAAGUUGGACCUGCGACAUUACUCAGUGUGGAAGAAGUCAAGGAACCAAAGAAAGAGGAACCCCCCGCUGCUAAAAAUCAGUCCACAUCACCAUCACCCUCGUUAUGUUAUCCACAACCAGUAUUUUGCCAUCAAAUCGUCCAUGAUCCAAAUCCAGAUUAUUGUUUCAUCAUGUGAAUUUCAAUGGCUAGGACAAUAUGAUGU